AUGCCUUUGAACAUUGGGGGGCAUUACAGGUAUUGUAGGGGUCGCAUGCGAGGAACUUCCGUUCAGUUCAUCAUGAAGUCCCAGGAAAGCCAGCCGAUCCAUCCACACAGCUCGCACGACUGGAGCGCCGAGGCUUGCGAGGAGUCAUCCAUCCACGGCAUGCCCUACGUGGCCCGCAGGGAUCUCCACUGGACCGAGCGCGUCUUUUGGGUGAUCAUGGUUGUGGCAUCCGCCUACUACGCCAUCAGCAGCUGUCUCAACCAGUGGGAACGAUUCCGGGACAAUCCGAUUGUCUACGAGUACGAGUACCUCUUCGCACUGCGCAACUUCACCUUUCUGGGCGUGACACUCUGCACCAACUACGAGUCCGACGAGCAGGUGGACCAGAUAUUAAAUCAGACUUGGGGAGUAAACUCUUCGGCAGAUCCAACAAAGGCAGCCUACUACGCCGAGUUUUUGCGUGUUCUUAACCGCCUGAAGUACACCACUUUGGACAAGCUAAAGCCAUUCGAGAAUGACACUAGUCUGGACAACUUGCCCUACUUGGACAUUCUGCUGAAGCUACAGGAGAAGGUUCUUCCCCCUAAAAAUCAUGUGCUCCUGGCGCCGAUCAUAACGGAGGUGGGACUGUGCCAGACGACCAGCCAGUUAACCAGGUUCGGGAAUCCCUACGGCAAAAUAGAGGACUUGAAUGUGACGGCAGUAAGGCAGUGUGGUUUUUUCAGCGAGUGCCAGAUAAUGCACAAGCCGUUUAAUAGCAUCAUGACCCAUGUGUUUCUGUACCUGCACGAUGUCCAUGAAAUGAUGCUUCCCCACGAUCUUCGUACUGUCACCUUUGAUGCCAAGGUCAAAAGCUCCUACGUUCUCAAGCUUCUGGUUCACUCGAUUUCGGCGGAUACCGAGGUGCGAAACUUACCGGUGGCAUAUCGCAAGUGUCGCUACAAUGACGAAAACAAUCUCGAGUACUACAGCCCGUAUUAUCCAAGUCUGUGUCGACUGGAGUGCCGGAUUAAAUGGGCCUUGAGUCUGUGCAACUGCAAGCCCUAUUUCUAUGUGGCAGCUCCCAAUGCUCCAAUUUGCAACAUAUCCGGAAUGCUCUGUCUUGCCCGCUCCAAGUGGCUGGAAAAGCCCUGCGAUUGCUUCCCGUUGUGCCGGGAGAACACCUACAACAUCAUCGAGGAGGACGAACAGAGUGGGGGCGAUCAAAACUACGUGGGCGAGCAGUUCGAGCGCACGAUGAUCAUCAAGAUGGGUCUUCCCAAGAUGGGCAUGAAGCGGAGGGUCGUGUUCAGCACAGAUCAGUUGAUAAUGUCGUUCGGCGGAGCCAUUGGCCUCUUUCUCGGAGCCAGCUUCAUGACCAUAUACGGUCUGAUUUACCUAUCACUUAAUUUUCUAGCCACAAAUAUCGGUUUAGAAGAAUAAUAAGCAACUAAAAUGGGGCACCUUUAAGUAUUCUGUUUAUAGAAGUCUUGAAGUAAUGUGAAACUUCAGUUAACAUUUUAAUUUUCCCUUUUUUAUCAUUAUGACUUGAAGACAAUUUUUUUUUUUUUAAAUAGUUGGCAUUUUGAGCGUUACAUUUUGGUUUUUAAUUACCAAACACCUUGAAUGUUACUAUCGAUAAAAAUACAAAUUAUUCGUUGUCUCUUUAUCAAACAUUAACUUUAAAGAUUAUGGACAAUAUUAAAACUUUAAAAGUGUCUUACAUUUGCCCUAAAGUUUUUAACGAUUUACCUAAAUAAAAAACACAUUGCACUAUAUAAAAGCACUUACAUAAAAACAAAAAAGAACGAAAAGUAGCACAGGUUUCUUUUACUAAACGCACAUUAACUUGCAAAAUAAACACAAAGCUAAUGAAAUUGUUUUUACUUAACGACAUUAAAGUGGUCUGAUGGCCUGGCCGAGCAUCUUAAGCAAAUUAAAGCUGCGGCAAUUGUUGCAGGGCCACAAACGUGGAAGCCGCAAAAGUGGCAGCUUGGCGAGCAGUGAAGAAAGCGACACGUUCGGUUCAGCUGGGUUCAGAGAGCAGAAAAAUUUCACUUUUGCGGAAAACUCAUAACAAACUGCAGUGCGUUUUCCAGUCGUUUUCUGUUACCAACAAUCGCGGCAGCGUAGCGGAGAUUACCUAUUGUCAAAAGUGACAAUUUGUCGGCUUAGCCGGCAAUUGCUUGUCUUUCGUUGGGGUGGCUGGUUUAAUAUGUAUCUUCAUCUCACACACUUGCCACACUUGCCCCAAAGUGCAGCCAUCGGAGCGAAGCGUGGUUGGGUGAAGUUAACAACCUUUAAGUUUGCUUAAUGCGAUAUUAUAUCUUUCGAUUCGUUUUGGGCUUGCGUGGAUAAACUUUGGACCGACUAACCAAUCGAGAAUUAGCCGCACUUAAUUGCCGGUUCCCGUUAAGAAAAACUAUUUCAGAAAUGAAAUUAGCAAAUAAUGUAAGCCUUUUUUCUGUUUCGACUUUACGCUUAUUGAAGUUGCGGCAGCCUCUAAGAAGUUUCUGUUUCUGCCUUGGCAUGGGCAUAAAUUUGUUCUGGUCUGUU